AUGGAGAUUAAGGAUCGAUUGACACUUGAGAAGCCGAAUCCUAUGAAAAAUUCCAUUCAUACACGGAACAAAAAUAAAUUCUGCCAGUACCAUGAGGAGAUUGGCCAUGACACCAACAACGGCUUUACCCUUCAGCAGGCGUUGGAUCGUUUGGCUGACAAUGGGAUGUUGAAGUUCUAUAUCUCAAAGUCCAAAGGGACUAAUGAGAAGAACACAGGACACUCGUCCAAGACUGCCCAGCGUACUAUUAGCUCUGACACUUACAAAGAGUCGGUCUACACCAUAGCAGGCGGGUUCUCAGGUGGUGGUCCGACUAUCCGGGGCACUAAGGACCAUCUGAAAAAGAUAGCCAAGGCUGCUGAUGAAGAGCAGGCGUCUGCUAACAGAACCUUCCCAAACGUCCUUAUUACUAAGAAGGACCAGGGCAGCGUUCGCCGUCCGCAUGACGACCCGGUUUUCAUUGAAUGUAAGGUCACCAACCAACUGGUUGGACAGAUCCUUAUAGACACCUGUAGCUCCUCUAACAUCAUCAGCUACAAGUGCUUACAAAAGCUCAAGUAUAAGACCAGCAACAUGCAUCCGGUAUCCCAUCCCCUAGUUGGUUUUGGGGGGGGGAUGGUGUACCUAGUCGACAAGAUUGACUUACCUAUCCGGCUUGGAGACAAAGGAGAAGGGUGGCACCUAAUCGUCAAGUUCUUGGUAGUUGAGGCGGUGACCGCUUAUAACAUCAUUUUGGGCCGUCCAACACUGAACAAAUCCAAGGCUGUUAUUAUCCCUUCCCUCAUGUUAAUGAAGUAUGAAAGGGAUGAUGGUUCUGUUGGAUCACUAAAUGGAGACCUGAAGACGGCUCGAGAAUGUUAUCUCUUAGCCGUCAAGCCCACUCUAGCCUCAUCCGGCUAA